AUGCCCGGACUCCAUUUUCAGACUCCGAGUCACCAUCCUCCAAGAUGCCCCCUUCUCGCCUUCGCAAUAACCCAUUAUCUCUGCGAUGGCGCCGAUUGCUACGAAGCAGUCAAAGCAUACAGCAACCUCCUAUCCAACCGACCGACCCCAGCCUUCGCCCCUUCCCCAGACGCGGAAGGAACCCGCAUCUCAGACAAACUAGCCGACGAGCCAACAUGCACUGAAGCAAAAUCACAGAUAUACUACCAGCGACACAUCCACAGCUACAACAGUGGCUUCCUCGAGCUCUCACGUGCCGGAUGGCGCAUCCUAUCCGCGAUGAUCGCCGUCAAGCUCGGCCUCCUCGACACGCUGACGACAAAAUUCAUCUAUCUCCCCAGAGCUUGGGUAGAAACUCUAUGCAUCAAAGCGCAAGCAGAAUUCAAAGCCUACGAAACGACAGACACGAAACCGCAAGGCCCGGUGUACUUCUACAGCUCCAUCCAUUUCCGGCCCUUCAUGGACCCCCCAACUGGCGCAUACUAUAUCCACUGCAGUAUCGUUGCGAUCCGGUGCAAGUUUUCCAUUCAGAAGCUAAAAGCCGACUCGCUUGCUAGCAUUGCGCGCGAAAUUCACCUCACCACGACGCAGCACAAGAGCCGGGAGUCUGCGCGGCAGAAUCUGAGUCUCUCGGAGAAUAAUCUCUGCAAGGCUCUGGCGUUCUGGCCGAGGGCUGGUGCGAAUAUGGCGCUUGCUUUGCUUUCGCAGUGGACGACGUUUGACUUUGCAGGGCUUGAUUUUUCAGGGGCUUGUCGGGAUGGGCUGAGGCCUGAGGUUGUCUUUGUUGAUUCGCUUGCGAUCGUGGGGAAGGAUGGGUCGGGAGAUUAUCUUGUUCGUGCGUUGAAUAACUUGGCAGGGUGGAAGAGUUUUGAUGAUUCUAAUAGUAUGAAAUCUCUGUUUCCUGUCUCAUGA